AUGUCCACUAUGUCCAGCUUCACUCAUAGUUCUCUAUCGACUGGUAUGGGCCAUUCGCCGGCGGCUUGUUUGCAACAAAGAGAAAGUCCAACGAUGACAGGUGCAAUGGGAGGAUAUUGUAUGGGUAGACCUCCAGGAUACGAUCUUCCAACCAUAGGUUACGGAGCGCGGCCCUCUCCAUGUAGCCCUUCACAGCCAUAUCAAGUGAACGGUCAUCAGUACAAUCCGGGUGCUACAUCAUCUACAGGUCUUAUAUCACCCGGAGUAUCUGUCCCAAUAGCAAUACCUCCAAGUCAACCCGAUGUGACUUCCCAUCAACCGUACUGGCCCCGAUUGCAGUGA